CUUGAUGGGGUGUGUGGCGUGGAGGACGAACGAGAGAGGGUCGCCACCCGCCGUCGCGCACCUCCGCAGUCCCCAGCGGUCUGCCGCCGCACCACCCUGCCCCCCGCAAGCAGGGCCCUCGCACCCCCGUGCCGUGCCUUGGUACGCGCCGCUGGGCGGGCGGGACCCGGCGGGGCGGGUCCCGGGGCGGGUCCCGGGCCGGGCACUGUUGCCCUUGCCUGGCAGGGCGGACUGCAGCCCCGCCGGCCCUGCACAGCAUGGGGAGGCGCUGCUGGCCGCGGCGCGCCUUGGCCGCCGCGUGUCUGGGUGCCGCGCUCCUACUCCUGGGCGCCGCGCCCCGCGCCCUGAGCCCGGCAUUUGAAAACAGCUUGGGCUCUGGCUGGCUUGGUGGGAAGAGGAGGAGUCCCCUGCAGAUGCUUUAUGACUUGGACCAGGGCCCGCGCUCCGCCUUGGCCGAAGUGCACCGCCAGCGGCGGGACCUGCUGCGCCGCACCUGCAGUCGCCAUACGCGCCGGCAGCGCCUGCUGGGGCCCGAGGACCUGCGGCACGUGCUGGUGGACGACGCGCAUGGCCUGCUCUACUGCUAUGUGCCCAAGGUGGCCUGCACCAACUGGAAGCGCGUGCUGCUGGCGCUGAGCGGCCGCGCCCGAGGCGACCCGCUUGCAAUCCCCGCGCACGAGGCGCACGCGCCGGGCCGCCUGCCCUCACUGGCCGACUUCAGCCCCGCGGAGAUCAACCGGCGGCUGCGCGCCUACCUGGCCGUCCUCUUCGUGCGCGAGCCCUUCGAGCGCCUGGCGUCGGCCUAUCGCAACAAGUUCGCGCGGCCCUACAGCGCGGCCUUCCAGCAGCGCUAUGGCACGCGCAUUGUGCGGCGCCUAAGGCCGCGUGCGCACCCCGACGCGCUGGCGCGCGGCCACGACGUGCGCUUCGCUGAGUUCCUGGCCUACCUGCUGGACCCGCGCACGCGCCGCGAGGAGCCCUUCAACGAGCACUGGGAGCGCGCGCACGCCCUCUGCCACCCGUGCCGCCUGCGCUACGAUGUGGUGGGCAAGUUCGAGACGCUGGCGGAGGACUCGGCCUUCGUGCUGGGCCUGGUGGGCGCAUCCGGCCUGCGCUUCCCGGCGCCCCCGCCCCGGGCCAAGGGGGCUGCCGCCCGCGACCUGGCCGAGCGCCUCUUCCGGGACAUCAGCCCCUUCUACCAGCGGCGCCUCUUCGACCUCUACAGGAUGGACUUCUUGCUCUUCAACUACUCUGCCCCUUCCUACCUGCGGCUGCACUAGGCCGUGGAGCCUCUACGGGGUCCGUCACACCAACCGAUGCCCCGGGGUCUCGGGUGGGGCCGGACAGUGUGCGUGCUGGGGCUGCCUGCCCGGACUCAACUCUGAGCACCACGGCCCCCCGCGUUUCCCUGCUUGGCCGGCCCUCUGGGGCCUCCAUCCCACCUGGCCAGGUUUGGGUGCCGCCCACCUCAGACGGCUGUACACCCGUCCCUGCCGGUCACUUGAUGCUUGCUUCCUCUAACUGCGCCAUUUGGCAGGCACUCCUCCAGACCCCUGGGUGGGGAAGCAUUGAAUUACUAGUAUUUUUUUAACUUGUGAGAGACCAUUUUGGCAGGGGCCGGGGGGGUGGGGUGGUGGUCAGCUUUGACCCCAGACCUGUUUGUGGUGCAACAGAGCAGAAUGCUGGUUCAGUGCCAUCUGCGGCCUCGCCUGGCCCCUGCCCUGGCACCGGACAGCUGUAGCCCAGGAGGAAAGCCUUGUGUCUUUGGGUUCAGGCU